AUGGACGAGCAAUCGGACCAAGAAGACUCACUGCAUGCGCUCGAAGCAGACACUGGAGGAUCUGUGACUGGAACGAAUUCUGUGCUGGAAAGGCUACGGGAAAAACUGGAACGUAGAGAAACAACAAUUGAAAAUUUACGACAGAAAGUUGAUAUGAUGCAGCGUAGCAUGGCUGCACAACGCGAGGAAAUCAACCGCUUGAAAAACCUUCAAAACAGUCAGGGCUUGCAAAAUCCGCGAAUUUCAUUGCCAUUUGAGCUGAUAAAAAUGAUCUUCUACCUGUGCGAUGCUCGAACACGAUGUCGCGUUUGCUGCAUCAACAAAAGCAAUGUGAAAACUUUACUGGUGGAAUCAUCAACAAUGCGACUUCUUGAUCGUUGCAACAAAAUUCCUCUCGAAGAGGGCUUCUUCGCGCUGCUACGUAAAUUGGAAACCGUAAAACUGUGCAGCAUCCGAGAUAAUCUGAGCCUUCUUUACACGCUAAGUGAUUUCUUGAUGCUGCCAAAUCUUCGUACUCUACAUAUUCGUGAGUCAUUGGCCCCGUUCGAGGUACCACCGUUGGAUCAGAUUUGCGCUCCAAUCCAAGAUCUUCGUAUCUGUACCCAUCGAAUUCGUGCUCGUCACCUGUUGGCAAUAUGCCGUGCUCUCGCUACUACAGUACGACGCCUUGAACUACUGCUUACAGUAAUCGUACCGGAAGGAGCUGGCACAGCUGAAAAUCGUACUGCAGCAGUGGUUGAAAUUGCUGAAGCAAUGACUAGUAUGGAGAAACUGAGUCAUUUGACGCUUGCAAGAACUUUCCUCAAGGCCUCAACCACUGAGCGGGUACUUUCGCUUCUAAAAAUGUUCCAUUCACUGAAUACGAUAACAUUCGAAGCAUUCAGUCUCGCGGAUGUCGUGCAGCUGGCCAAUGUCCAUCUCCUGCCGACGACAAAACGCGUCAUAAUAACGGAAUCAGUGAGAAUCGGCCCAUCCUGGUAUCCGCUUUCCGGUCCGCUGGAGUUUUUUGAUGUCUUCAACGACGAAAGAAUGCCGGUUUUGAACGAGGUAUGCCGAAGAAUACAACGCGAACUUACGUUGCAAUUCGGACGUUUACGUGGUUUUGGUCCCGCAACAGUGAGCCUUCAGUUAGGACUAGUCCGAGUUUUAGCCAACAAAAUGUCUCCAUUACGAACUGGAAUCCGAAAAGGAGAUUAUCGUGUUUUCCUCUGGAAAGGACGCAUCCUUACUCGCAGUGAAUACCUGAAAAUGAACUUAAUCGAUACCGAUGGAUUACCGUAA